AUGACUCUACACUCAUACGACAUACUAUCCGAGACGCCAGAUCACCUCCGGGGUGUCUAUGAUAUUGUUCACGUUCGCAACUUUUCCUUCGUAAUAAGGGACUUGGAGGCUGAGAGGGUCAUCGGGAACGUUUUACAACUACUGAAGCCUGGUGGCUACCUCCAAUGGGCCGAAGUAGAUGCCCUUUCGUAUCGAAUCGAGAAGACCAGCCCGGGCUGCAAAGACGACGCCCUUAAGGAACUCAUGCGCUUAGGCAGGGGGGCAGAUGACCGUACUACUCCUCACUGGGUUCCCGAGAUUCCUUAUUACUAUCAGCAGGCAAAGCUGGAAGAGGUGGAAAGUGACGUCAAAGAUGCCCCGCCGUAUAUGGCCGUAGCAAAGCAUGAAUGCAACCUAAUUGUUCCCGAGAUGCUCGCCCGCACAACACAGAAUUCGGCUCUAAGUGAGAGAUUUUCGCGGCUUAUACCCGAGGCUAUGGAGGAAACACAUGGAGGAGCGUACUGGGCCUUUACUCGGCUCACGGUGGUUGGUCGGAAGGCUAGUGGUUAG